AUUGUUAGUCUAUGGUUCAUGAAUUAGCUUCUCGUAACGCGCUACAAUUAUUCGAUGUGUUUGGAAAUAAACAGUUCGACGAGUUUAAUUACAGCUAUUAUUAUUAUAUAAGAUAUAGCCAUUAAGGCUAAAAAAUGUUUUUACGCCGUGCCAGUUGUAGUGCAAAAGAAGUGCAAAGCUUCUGAUAACAGCAAUCCUCGCUCAGCGAAGUGACGCCAUUUUACGGGAAUGACCAGCCCGCGGCUGCCUCUUAUUAGGCCUGAUGUAAGGAGUGCUCUAUUCAAACUGAUGCAUGGAAACAAAUCACUUCUAUUGUACUCGUACUGGACGUACGACUUCAGAGAAAACUAUGGAAGAUGGUAAUAUUUUCAACGCUAAGAACGAUAAAAUCAGUACAACAUCGCUGGCGAACUUGUACAGUGAUCGGUCUUGUAAACUCACGACAAAUGGACACGACUUCGCCGGGGAGCAGGCCAGCCCUUCCGAGAAGUCGUUUGAACUGCGACGACCCAGCGCCGACGCGUCGCACGACAGGAAACCUAUCAACCCUGUCCGAAUACACUUGGGCAAGAGACCUUUUGUUGACAAUUCUGUACCUCUGACAGUUAAUAGUGUAAACAAGAAAAGAAAAUCAUUAGUAAACAAACCCAGUGACACAAGUACACCCAAGGUUGUACCUCGUGUACCCAAGCUUAUCCCCAAGCGCUUGGACCAUAGUCAGUUUCACAAUGUUGCAUCACACAAUGACCGUACCCCAGACAACGAGCACGACAAACCUGUGCCUCGACUGGUGCCCAAGAGCCAGUUAUUUCAAUUUAAAAGGGGUAAGACGGAAAAGGGGCCCCAGCUGAAAGAGUAUGCUCAGAGUUUAGGUUUGCAGCCCAUGGUGAAGUUCAAGUGUCGGAAGUGUUGUUCCAUGUCAUUUAAGACCCUGGCCAUGCUCAAAGAGCAUCAACUGGUGUGUCGGGCACAAGCAAAAGAACCUGCAUUGAGUCCAGAGGCAGCUCCCAGCACUGACAGUAACACCAGUGGUCCCUCGAGAGUGACUCGCAAAGUGUAUCUGUGCUCGGCUUGCGGCACAUACUACGAGAACUGGAAUCUCUUUCUGCAUAUGCGUGAGGUGCACAGCAGGCAUAUAUGUUUAUUUUGUUUAGGAAUGUUUUCAAAGGCAGAAAAGUUAUCUUCACAUCUAACGAACAAGCACAAUGUGCAAGAAUUCAACUACGAUGUUAAAGAGGACUUUUGCAAAGUUUAUAACGGGAGUUUUUAUUUGAUGUGCUGUGCCUGUGAUGAGAUUUGUAGUGAGAAGGAUGACUUUUUCAAUCAUGACUGUAAUAAUGUUAAACCGAAACCUGUGCCUGUUCUUAUUAGUAAGAAUUCAAUGAAGUCAAACAAUGCAAAAUUACUCAAAAACAUUAAUGACACUGCUCCGAAUGGGCCUCCAGUGUUGUCGAAAGAAUUUUUAAAGCCAGCACUUGAGCAAAAAGAGGUGUCUGAAAUAAGACAUGACGCUACAUUGCAGCCUCAGAGGAUAGAAUCAAAUUCCAAUAUAUGUGAUACAAGUACAGUAAGUGCAAACAGUGAUGCAAGUAUAAGCUCAGAGAGUUCUGCAUCUACUAGUAAGGAUACCAGCCAAGCUUUAAAUUCCACAAAUAAUGUCAAAGCUUCAAAUAUUGACAAAGCUCCUCUUAGCCCUAUUAAUCAAAUAUCACAGGAUAAAGAUCCUAGCUCUUCUGUACCGAAUGGCAAAGGAUCGUUAGACCAGUCAGAUGACAGUGAUGUACCAGACACAGACACCUUACACAGAUCCCCAUCUCGUUUAACAUCGAUAACACAAAAAGAGCUUUCCCCUAAACCAAUAGAAAAAGAAAAAGAGUGUGGUAUUAAAUUGAAGUUGAGCCUUAAUAAUGCCAACUCACCAGUUAUCAUAAACUCAACAGUAGAUCCAACAGUUGGACAGCAAUAUGCACAUAAACCUCCAACACGGAAUAGAAGACCACCAAAAAGGUAUGAAAAAGACAAACCACCUGACCCAACACCUCCAGCAAGACCUCUAUAUUCAACACCUCUAGCCAAACCUCCUAUCAAAAUAACAAUUUGUGAUAAAGCUGAUAGUCCAUUUGUGAAGACAACAACUGUUGAGCAUCUAGUUAAAACCCUUGUGAAUAACAAUAUUGAGCCGAUAACCAGGCUACCUGAAACAAAACCAGAAAAUACAAUCAAAUCUACUAUUUAUGAUAAUAAAUUAGAGGAGAUCAAUACUUUAAAUAGGGUACCAAAGCUGACUGUGAGAGUUCCUAAGGAGUUUCUGGAUAAAGAUUCGUCUAGUGAUUAUUCAUCAGACAGUGAUGCUGGUGAAAAAUUACCAGCUGAUAACAAAGAUAUGAUCAUAGAUGAAAGUAUUCCUCAAAACAAAGAAGAACCAACGGACACUGUGGACAGUGCUCCCACUGAAGCACCAAAGGAAGAUGUAACAGAAAUAAAAAAUGAGCCUGAGCCCCCAAAUGAAGAAAAAGUUGAAAUAAAAGAAGAGGUCCCACCUAAUCCUGAACCACCAGAUCAAACUUCUGAAGAUAUUAACGUUGAAGACACUGAAGUGACAGAUGAAAUCCCUGUAACUGAGUUAACUUUGGACAGGCCAAUUCAUAAAUAUCCAAUGAAGGAUCUCCUGAAAGUCUUUUUAACCUCAACUGUGUUUAACUGCAUAUAUUGUAAUCAUGUACGUAAAAUUGCAGUAAAUUGUGAGCAGCUUGCACUUCACAUGGUUGCUGAGCACCGCUUCUCAGCCACUGUGGACAGUAUAACAGCUGAGGAGCUUAUGCCAGAGACCAUUGCUGCCAAAGUGAAAGCGGCAGCUCCAGAAGUUGCCUCGGUUUACAUUAACUUAGACUCUUACGAUAGUGUAGAUAAGUGUGACACAGUUCAGCCAAACCUCAUUUUUGAAUGUUUUCAGUGUUAUUUCAAAACGUCUGUUCAUAAAGAUCUCUAUUUACAUAAUCGUAAAAUGCACCAGAAAACAAUAUUGCUAUGUGUUAUGUGUAAAAACAAUUUUUAUUCUUAUAGUGAAUUACUAUGCCAUUUAUGCCCUGGAAUGUACGAUUUGGAGUAUGAAAUUAAGUAUAGAUGCUGUUUUUGUAACAUAGACAAUAUAUCCUCAUCGUUCAGACUCAUGGUGCAUCUUCGAAAGAUACACCACACUUGUGAUGUUUGUUUAGAGUUUUGUCAAAGCCAAGCACGUCUGUCCAACCAUGUGUGGAAACACAAACUGCACCAUUUAUGCUAUCGCUGUGGUAUAGCCUAUAGGAAUAAGCCAGAUAUUACCAAUCAUUUGUUUUGGAAGCAUGGCACAGAGAGUGUGUUGUGUAAAAGGUGUUUGCAGAAAAAAUGGCCACAUGUGUAUCAUUUUUGCACACCCCCAGCAGUUUUCGUUUGUGAUGAAUGUACUCUGCAAUUCACAAGAGCUGUCAGUUUAAAGGUACAUAAAAGAUUUCAUUCAGAAGAAUACCCCCAUGCAUGUACUGAAGAGGGCUGUAUAGAAAAAUUUGUGUCUAAGAAACUUCUUAGUAAACAUUUAGAUGAACAUAGAAAGAAAUUAGUGACCGAAGAUUUGGAUGAAGAGAAAAUACCUGAGACUGAGUCUUCAGGAGAAAAUCCCAAAGAACCAAUUCCUAUUAUCGAUUUAGUUGACGAUAAACCAAAAGAAGAACCUGACUCUGAAGACAAAUCUGAGGCUGGAACUGAGCAAUUGUCCAAAAAAGGUAAAAAGAAGAAAAUAAAAGAUGCACUAUUGAUAGAUGUUAAUUUACCAGCACUAAACUUAUCUGAAAGUGAUAGUAGUGAUGAAUCAGAUAGCGGAGUUUCGCAAAUCAAGGAUGAGAACCCUCAAGAUAAGCCUAAGAGUGAAGUUGAAGAAUGCAAACCAGAAAUAGACGAAAAACCCCCAGUAAUCAUGGAUGUUGAAAUACCGCCUGCUAAUGCAGAAGAAAAAGUAGAGCCUACUGAGGAAGAUAAACCGAGUGAAGAAAAAGUUUUAGAAAUCUGGGAUAACUUUAAAAAAUAUCAGGCAAAGGUAGAAAAACAAAGAGAAAAGACACCCCCGUUGGUUCCUAUUCGAAAACAUGUAUGCGAGUCUGAUCACGAUUAUUGUGUAAUACCAACUGAUAUAAAUGGCGACGAUGACGUUUUCGGCACUGAUAAAAAGAAAAAUAAAAAAUCCCCCAAGAAAAGACAUGAUGGACUUUCGUCUUCUAGUAGUAGCAGCAGCGACAGCGAUUCCAGCUGCUCUUGCGGAUCUAACUGCAGUUGCUCAUCAAGCAGUGGCUCCUCCUCUAGCAGUUCUUCAGAUUCUGAUUCCUCAGAUGAUUCAGGAAACGAAAAGAAAAAGAAACAAAAGAAAUCACUUUCAAAAAGAAGGGUUAGUAAUGGUUCGAAUGUGGAUGUUAUGGGAAUGGCAGAAACUCCUAUAUUAAUACCAGAAAAAACUGAACCACCUAUUGCUGAAAGUGAUUUAGAAACUGAAGAAAGUGAAACAGACGAAGAGUUUUAUGAUGAAAACCCACAAAAAAUUGCAAACAAAAUGUACACUGAGAAACGUAACCAGCUGUUACUGCUAGCCUCUGUAGCGCCAUCUGAGGGCGGGUCCAUGUCAGGAGAAGUGAGUCGCUGUAGCACUCCUAUCAAAGAGGAAGAACCAAAAGAAAUUAAGGAAGACAAAAAAGAGUCUAAGGAAGUUGAAACAAAAAUAAAAACAAGCGGCAGUAAAAAGAAGAGUAAAAAGAAAAAGAGAUCCAGGAAUUCCAGAAAGCAUGGACCCAUCAAGAUGACCAUUCCUAAAGAUGUUAUUGCGAAAUCUGAUGCUGAAACACCAGCCUUGAUACCUAAUAAAAUAACUAUAUCGCUACAAUCCAAUACAGUGCAAAUCCCAGAGGCAACUACCCCGGCUGCAGUAGCUCCAUCGCCGAGCAUCACGAGCACUCCUAAUCAAUCCGCAGAAAACAAGAGAGCGUCUAAAAGACGACGGGUACCUAACAAGUUUUACGGCUACUCUAGCGAUGAGGAAUCACCACAAACUGUCACAGCCUUGAAGCCUCAACUACCACCUAAAUUAGAAUGGAGGAAGGAAGACUUGCCUUCGCCAGUCACGCACAAAGCUAAGAAGGAAAUACCAUCGACAGUCAUUCCGCAAAGGAUGUUCAGUUACAACGAGCCGAUCAGGUUAACCGCACCGAUACCCGAUCCGGAGCCUCCCCGCUUCUUGAUGAACUCAGAGUCGAUGGAGUCGAGCGAUUCGGAUUCUAGCAACGAGGGGGCGCUAGAGAUAUAUCAGCCGAGCGUGCAGAAUCCGAUACCGGUCCCUCCUCCGACUUAUUUGAACUCGGGCACCUCAAGUUUGCCGUACCCGUUCCAGCGGCCGGCCGUGCGCCAAGCGCGAGAGGGAGAGAGCGUGUACUGCUAUUGCCGCUGCCCUUACGACGAGGUGUCGGAGAUGAUCGCUUGCGACGCGGAGGGCUGUCCCAUCGAAUGGUUCCACUUCGAGUGCGUCGGCAUCAUGGUACCGCCUAAAGGCAAAUGGUACUGCCCCGAGUGUAGGAAGAACCAGAGUUUCGCAGGUUACAGAUAGGUCUAAUCGAAAGUUGUUAUUUUAAGUGUAUAUAAUUGCUGUAUUGUUAUCUGUAUAUAAUUUAUUGAUUGUAGAUACUUUAGCUUUACCUGUAUAUCUUUAUAGUUAGUUCUUGUAAGUUAGAAUAUUAGGCAUGAAAAAAAAUGUAUCAUUGUUAUAAAACGUACAUCGUCGCUGCGCGUGCAAAAACCGCUAUGUAAUUUUUUUUGAAUUUUCGUUUUUUAUGUUAUUUUGUUCAGUUUUAAAAGAUGCGUAUGCAAUGCGCACACCCAUCACAAUACAAUAUAAACCCAUUCUUUUGCUUGAACUAGUUCAAGAAAUAAUAUAAUUAAGCUGUGAUUUUGAUCUAAAAGUAAAGAAGAUUUUCCAAAAUCAAUUCCAAUUAAGUUUAAUAGACUUGUGAUUUCCCACAUAGCGGAAUCUUCAUGUGCAGCAAUGACAUGUUAUGCUUGAUUCUGGCUGUGCGGCCGAUUCUGUCAUGUAAAAAUUGUUACUGAUAUAAACGUAUACAGCAUCUGAAAAAUAAAUCCAAUUUUUGAUACCA